ACCCUCCAGAAAACCAUCAGCCGGUGCAAAACUUGCUCGAAGCUCGCGAUGUCGGUGGUGGGUCUAGUUUCCCGAUUUGUCACAUGUGGCCAAAAUCUGGCCGGCCACCGGCUCCAACAAGUACGAAACAAGUGGGCCGAUUGGCGUAUGAUUAAGGAUCACAAACGUCGGCAGUGUGUGGUGCAGCAUGCGGAUGCCCGUUUGCGGGUCAACUCGCUCAGGAAGAACACGAUCCUGCCGAUUGAAUUGCGGGAAAUUGCCAGCAAGGAGAUUGAUGCCUUUCCGCGUGAUUCAUCUUUGGUGCGUGUCCGAGAGCGGUGCGCAGUAACGUCGCGUCCGCGUGGUAUCGUACACCGGUGGCGGGUCAGUCGCAUCGUGUGGCGUCACAUGGCGGACUACAAUAAGCUGUCCGGUGUUCAACGAGCAAUGUGGUAGCUGGGGAAUAGGAUAGAUGGAGGAUCAUUAGAGUUAUACAAUCUUAUUUGCUGUAGUUAAGCGGAAGAUACGCAUCAAAGAAGGAAGUGUCCUCAAAGGCUUAAUAAGAUUCACAUUAUUAAAAUCAUCUUCACGAAGUGUUUCUCAUUGC